GGCGUCAGCGACUCGUGAUGGAAGCCGGUGGAGAGCGCGAGGAGGAGCUGAUCUCACUCGGUCAACGACACGUCCACGGAGUCCACGUGUAGCCCGUCACUGACGCAAACACACGGGGCUGUACUGCUCUCUCAUCAGCCGGGUGGGGUUCAUCAUGGAGCGACCGCUGACCGCCGCUGCGAGAGGUGUGACAAAGCGAUCCAGUGGAGCAGUUAAUAUGAUCACAGCACGGCUUGUGUUCUUGCUCAUCCUCCCUUCGCUGAGUCUGUGUUCUCCACAACUUCAGCAAACACUCAGUGAUGACAUCGUUGUACCAGACCUUGCAAAUCCUUUUGGCUCCAGCGAAGACAACCGCAGGCUCUUACAAAGCUACAUCAAGAGCAGCCUGAAGGAAGGACAGACCAGUCCAGAGCUGAACACUAGGGAACAAGAGGUAUUUUUCCUUUUCUCUCUGUAUGACUAUGACAGAAGUGGGCAGAUGGAUGGCCUUGAACUGAUGCAACUACUGACAGAUUUUCUGACUUAUCAUGAAAUGUUGCCAGAGUCUGCAGAUACUGUUGUAUCUUUGGUGGAUUAUCUGCUACAAACUCAAGAUCUGAACCAGGAUGGACUACUGGCUCCUUUAGAGCUGUUAUCAUCCACGAUAGACCAUAAGCAAGAAAACAAAUUUGUGCCCACUGAUCCUCCUGCUGAGGAAGCCUUAAAUCAUGAGCAAACACAUACAAAAUCAGAGGACGGAGUUUCUGAAACUCACCAACAAGAUGCAGAAGACAACCAAGAGUCUGAACAUGAAAAUGGCACACAAGAUUCAGCCAAAGAAGAAAACAUGGAGGCUGAGAAUCACAACCAGAUAGCAUGAAGAACAUCAGGACUAACUGCAGCCUC